UCUUCAUACUCAUUCAAAACAAGUGUUAAUUAAUUAACCUCUUCUUUCCAAAAACAACCAAAAGUUAAGAAUUUUCUUUCUUUGAGGAAAUCAACAUGUCUGAGAUUGAAAUUCAAGCGGCAGUUGGUGAUGAGAAGUUGAUAUUGGAGUUGGAGAUGAACAAGGAGGAAAACGAGAAUGACAGCAUUCAACUAAGGUCGUCAGCCUCAGGUCAAGUGGUGUUGUAUACAACCACGGCAAACUAUAGCAAAAGUGCACGAUUGCAUACAAUUGAUAGACACUUUUGGUCUGGUCGUGCACUUACAAACUUCCCUGCUCUUCCAAAAGGGUACUAUGCCGUUCCUAGGCAGCAAGGUACUCUUCCUCAAGGUGUCAAAUGGGGCAUCGUCUAUGCUGAUGGUGAUGACACUACUGCCCGUAAGUGGGUUGUAGCUUUUGAUACCGCUGCCGGCAAGGCUUAUGCUGAAGCUGGACCAAUAGGUCCAGUCGACUGGAAUGUUGUUGAGGUUAAAUUGGGUAUGUCUGGAAGCAAAAGCGAAUACACUGACCCAGCUCUUGGAGGCACGACCUCAGCUGAGAUUAAUGGGCUUAAUGCAAGAGCAAUAUUCCGUAAUUGAUUUGCUUAAUUAAGAUCAUUUAUACUAUAUGACACAUUAUGUGUGUGCUAUGGAAUAAUUAUGAUCCUUUCUUUUUAUUUUAUGUAUGUUGCUUUUCCACAUAAUUUUAAGUUAUGUGAUGUUUUCCGGUGAAAAUGUUUUCAUUUGUAAUUCGGUAGAAAUCUAUAAAUAAAGUGUGUUUUUCUUUUA